CUGCUUUGUACCUCCUUUCUCCAGACCAUGGUCCUGAAUCUUGCAGAGGAUCAUCAACUUAACUUAGACUUUGGUACAGCAUCCUCAGAUUAAUCUCCGUUGCCUGCUGGUGUUUCUUUAAAGAUCCCCGAUUAUCGACAGAUCAAAGCCCAAUCCAUCCCCACUUUUUUCUCGUCACCCCAGCCAAGCGAACGGCCUGCCAGGCCUCCUUCGUACACCACAGUGCAGGGCAGCCUCGCCAGCCUCAUUUACUGUACAGCGCUGUACCACGGGGUACAAGCGGAGCCCGGGCCAAGCGCAGAAGCAGCUCGGACCAGCCAGCAAUUUUAUAAACGGGGGCCCCGUUUCCUUCUCCCGAUCGUUCCACGUCCUCCCUCUUCCGACAUUUCCAUCUCUUUGCAUUCUUGCAUCGAGGCUGUCGUCUUCUUGCAUCGCCACCACCUUUUUGGUCUACUAGACCUGAUUGUGCAGGAUCUCUGGAGGAAUCAUGUUCGACCGUGGCAAGCCCAAGGAGUCGGCGCCGUCCUCCUCUUCUCCGGAGAGGAAGAUGGCCCCUGCCCAGGGUAGCUACAUGAACAAUGAGCAGUUCUCUGCGUACCUCCGAGAUCUUCGCAACAAUCGAGUCAACAGGCCCGGUGGUGCGAGGCCUCAACCUCUCUCUACUUCCCCAGAGUCCCGCCAGGGCUCUUUUCGUCAGUCCAUCGACGGCCGCCCUUCACUGGGUACGGCUGGUCGUCCCUCCUUUGCCUCGACGACUCGCUCUUCCAUAGGAACGCCUCCCCCCCUGUCUGAGCCCUCCUCUGCCGCUUCAAUCCACUCCCAGUCGCCCCCCAAGACUGCCUCCACCCGUGACUUCUCUAGGCCCAGCAUGGCACCCAGCGUCGCCUCCAGGUACUCGACUACGAGCGGCCGUGGGCGUGACUACUACCCGGACGGGCCGGCCAAGUCUCUGAACCCUGGUGAGGUGGUGCCCAGCGCUACCUACAUGGAGAGGGGCCAGAGGUGGAUGGAGAAGGAGGAGGCCGUGUCGCUGAGACAGGCGCUGGAGGAUAAGGAUGCUUCGGAUCGCGCAUCCAGCCCCGAGGAGGACCGUCUCUACGAAGCUGCUCUGGAUGAGGCGUCGGAACUGGUCUGGCAGCACCAGCACGGUAUCAAGCCGCCUGAGCCCGGUGCCCCUUACAGAUACAAGCAACACCUCCGGAAAAACAGCUACGCACAUGCCAGGGCCGCUAGUACCGGCCUGUACGGCGAUGAGAUUGAGCCUUCUGGUCUCGCUCGGGAUUCUGGCUCGCGGUCUGUCUCUGGGAGCUCUGCGUCUAGCGAUGGCCGCGGGUCCUCUCGCCGACACUCGUCCUACACCACAUCAACAGCUGGGGCCAGAAAGACCCCGAGCCCUCCUGGAGAAGGCCGAUGCGUCUCGCCAAGCAAGUCGGGCAAGCCCUAUAACGGCCUGACCGGCAGCUCGUCAUCUCACCGGCGGCGCCCCAGCGUGAAGCGAGACAACAGUAAGGGCAAGCUUGUCAUAGGUGAUAAGAUCUCGGAGGAGCCAGAGGGUGCUUCUCUUGCGCGGAGCCCCUCACCCGAGAAGAACACUGCCUCCUCCCCCGCCAGUUCUCUUCGCAAGUACCCGAGAAGUCCCUUCAACAGGGUGUCGUUGGGACCGGGCAGCCCUGUGCCUCCUCCUUCUUCUUCUGACCCCACCGCGCAGCCCCCAAAGCUGCACAAGUAUGAGAUACACCGCAACCCGCCCUCGCAGUCUCGCAACCCUCAGUACACGACCAACUCGCGCAACCCGAGCCCCGUUCGUGAAGAUGUACCCAAGAAGCACGGGAUGGAAAUUCGUGGGGAUGACAUUCGUCAGGCUACCUCAAUGAAGUUGAAGGACCGGAGCCCCAAGCUUCCCACGCCUACUGCGGUGAGCGACCGCGCAGGCCGACCUAUCGUAAGCUUUGACAAAACCUGGAAGGCCCCGGACGAGGCAACUGAUGAGAAGCCAGACACCGCAAAGGGUGGUCCGCUCGGGGCCUUCCAGGUCCGACAAGACCACCACCGCCGCCUCCCCGAGACCCCGCCGAUCCCUGCUAUCGCUGUUACGGAGACUCGUGAGUCGCCGCCGCUCUCGAGGCCACGCGGUCCUGCCGCGCCAUCUAUCCAAGUAGACGCGCCGCCUAGGGGAAGAUCCGGCCCCCCUUCGAUGCCUAGCAUCGUGGUGAACGACGACAAGCCAUCGAUUCCCUCCAUUGUGCUUCCUGGUGACGAUGACGCUGGAGAUGACGGACCUGGCGUCCCCAUCAUCGUCACCCCAGAUGACGACUCCACCAGCAAUAAACCCUCAAGCCGACCACUGCCGGCCCCACAGAAGGAUGCCCCCAAGGUUCGCCAUGCUGCGCCACGGCCUCGCUGGCCACCAGCAGGAGCAGCAGCUGGUCAAGCCGGCAGCCGAGCCACCGCUCGCUGUCACGACUGUGGCUACCCGAUCGAGGGCCGAUUUAUCGCUCUCGCCGGGACGAACGAGCGAUUCCAUCCACAUUGCUUUAGCUGUUACAUAUGCGGUACUUCCCUCGAGGCGCUGGAAAUCAGCCCUGAGCCCGAUCCUCACCGCGCAGCCCGGCUGGAGCGUAUCCACCGGCGCGCUGCGGGCGAGGUCCUCGAGGAGAAGCCGGGCGAGACGAUGGCUGAGGAUGGCGACGAGAGGCUUCGCUUCUACUGUCACCUCGACUGGCACGAACUCUUUGCCCCUCGCUGCAAGCACUGCACGACACCUAUUCUGGGCGAGCACAUCGUUGCGCUAGGCGAGCACUGGCACUACGGGCAUUUCUUCUGUGCAGAGUGCGGCGAUCCAUUUGAGCAAGGAAUGACACACAUCGAAAAGGACGGCUACGCCUGGUGCGUCAAUUGUCAGACCAAGCGAACCGAGAGACGUGCACCCAAGUGCAAGAUGUGUCGAAAGGCGGUCAUUGGUCAGUAUAUCCGGGCGCUGGGAGGCGAGUGGCAUGAUGAAUGUUUCCGGUGCGCCACGUGUCAAGGAGGGUUCGAUGACGGGCAGAUCUUCCCGCGAGAGUCACCCAAUGGUCGCAUGGUGGUGUUAUGUACGAAGUGCCGUGAGAGGGAGCUCAAGGGCUAGGAACCUGAGGCUACUCGACACCAGUGACUGCGUUUAUGAAUCGAGGGGGUAAUGGGCUUUUUGAUAUGGAAGUCUCUGAUGACAGGAGGGGAUGGUGUAACGAGUAAUUCUGGGAGGUAAGUGAGGAUUUCCCGCCUCUUCGGCGGCGGUUGUCCAUGCUUACGAAAGACAACGAUGUGGUUGGAUGGAGAGUGCUUGCGAUUUUGCGUUCUGCUUCACACACACACACACACACGCACACACACACUACUCUUUCGCACACAGUUUGGAGUUGGGCGAGGGUCAUUGCAAAGGACACAUCUACGCAUGGGAAGUGAACCGAGACUGCUUGCUUGCUUGGCUGCUUUAUGGGAGAAUUCUUACUUCAUUGAAGCCCACUGUACAAUAAUAGUAUAAGGAUUCUACCUGUAGGAGACUUGAUCAUUCGCAUCUUGCCAUUUCUUUUGUGCAUUGAGCUGCAGGCGAGCAGAUAAUGGAAUGGAAACGAGACUACAAUUGCUUUCC